UGAUCUCGAUCUGAGGACGACAACGACCACGCCUGCGCGCCAACCCAUAUCACUCCCACGGAGUAGAAUACGCAAGCCAUGAAACCGUCGCCGUCAGCUGACCAGCGCCGCCGAUCGAAUAGCAUAGCAGGACGCGCGAGCCUGGGCGCAGGUGGGCGGACGAGCAUUGGCUCUGCGACUGGGAGGACAAGUAUUGGGCCUGGCGGGAGCGGAAUUCCAACUAGAGCGCCACUGGGCACGAGUCGGUUAUCAGCGAUGCGCGCUUCGACUACACAACCGAGCUAUGAUUUCCUGACGGGCACUGAGGCGAGGAAGGAGGGGGAGGGGCUUUCGAGGCCGCCUUCUAGGGGAGGGGGAAGGAUGAGGACACCAAGCAAUGAGAAUUUGCGCGGCUCGACGACGAAUCUGCCUAUCCAUAGCGCGGCUGCGCAGGAAUUAAAUGAGCUGAAAGCUGAGGUCAAGGCGCUGAAGUACAAGAUUUCGAGUUCGGCGCAGGAGGAAGAGUUAGCGGGCUUGAGGCGAGAGGCGGAGUUACGAGAGGUGAGGCGGAAGGGGGAGGAGGAUUUCAGGAAGAUGCAAGCUGCGGAGGGCGAGAGGAAUAAGGCGGUCAGGGCACUGGAAGAGAUGAAGGCGGAGGUCGAAAGAAAGAGGGAUGCAGAGAUCGGGGAUACCGGACGACUAGAGAAGAAGGCUAGAGAUGCUGAGGAGGGGAGGAGGGUCGCCGAGGAAGAAGUUGAGGAGCUCAGGACAGAGGCAGAAGAGCGGGUUAGGGGGCUCGAAAGGCGGCUGGCAGACGAGCAGAGCCGAACCUCAACGCUACAACGCACUGUCCAGGAGCUACAACAAGAUUCUGAGGCCAAGGAUGUGGCGAUGCAAGAAGUCCAACAAAUUCUCCAGAAGAAGGAUGCAGAGAUCGGAGCCCUGGAGGCAGAAGUGUUGAGGCUUAAAGCGCAAACUGGCGACGUUGAUACGCUCGAUAUCAUCAAGCGCGAGCUCUCGGAGCAAGUAACGCACAUCCGCACACUGGAGGCGAGCAACCGUGAGCAGGCGCGCGAGUUGAAGCACCUGCGCAUGCUGCACAAGAGCGUCGAGGUGGUGGAAGAGGAGAAGAGACAGCUUCAGCGCAAGGUGGGGCAAAUGGAGGACCUGCAGCAAGAGCUGGGUGAGGCGCGCCUGCAGCGCCAGAGGCUCGAGGAUGAGCGCCUCGCAUGGACGGCGUAUCUCGAGUCACAGGAUGGAAACGUGGAAUUCGAAUCCCCUGAAGCCCUGGCACGAGCGCUUGUCCAAGAGCGUCUGGAGGCAGCGACGCAGUUGGAGAAACUUGGGCGGCUGGAACCGGCCUUGUCGGAACGCGACGAGAUUAUCAAGUCUCUCGAAGGCGAGAAGGCAAGAUUAGCCAGCCAGCUCGACAAGGCGAAUAAGGAAGGCGGUGGUGGCGAUGUGAAGGCCCGCCAAAGGUUAGAACGACAGCGCACUCUUGCCCUCAAGGAAGUCGAGUAUCUCCGCGCCCAGCUCAGCGCCCUCGAUGGCGAGGAAUCGACCAUGGAACUCCCAUCCUACGACGCCGCAAAGGCGGAGCGCAUCACUUCCCUCGAAGAAAUGGUCGCGGCCUACUCCACCGAAGUAGCAACUCUGCAUGCCGAGAUUGCAUCUGCUCCCGUCACCACCACGACUCUGAAACGCACACGCGAUGAGGCACCCGAUGAGCAAGAGCGCCUCGGCUCGCUGACACGCAAGAAUAGAAAGCUGCAGGACGAAUUAUCAACGGCGCAAUCCGCGGCACAGAAACUCACCAAGGAGCUCUCGGUCACAAAGGAACGACUCACUGCCGCAACUGCACACAAACAGACGCGCGUCCUGGAAUUAAGAGAUAACCCCACUGCGAACGCAGAGGCGAUUAAGAUGUCGACCCUGAACGCCCUCAAAGAAGAGAACGCCGCGCUCGUGGCCCAACUUCUUGCUGGACCAACCACAACCCGCUCCUCCGCAUCCGCCAAGACCGUCCCUCUGGCAACGCUCGAAUCCGCACAGCGCGAAUGCCGCGAACUCGAAGCGCAGGCGGCCUCGUCACGCAAGGCGAUGGCUCGACUGAAGCAGGUAUGGGGUGCGAAGACGGCUGAGUUCCGUGAGGGCAUCGCCAGUCUCCUGGGAUGGCGCGUCGAGUUCAUGCCAAAUGGUAAGAUGCGCGUUAGCAGCAUCUUUUACCCCGGCACCGAAGACGAGGAGCGUAGCAUUGUGUUCGAUGGCGAGGCGGGGACGAUGAAGGUCUCGGGUGGAGCGAGGAGUGCGUUUGCGGGGAAGAUUGCGGAGAGUGUCAAGUUUUGGGUUAGGGAGAGGGGGGAGAUUCCUUGCUUGCUUGCGGCGCUUACAUUGGAGUUUUAUGAGGAGGGGACGAGGGGUGCUGGGGCGUAGUGGGUGAAUAUGAGUAUAGCUGUAUAUAGGCUUGAGCGAGGAGUUUGGAGUUGGUUCGUUGCUGGGCUGGUUGGCUAUUAGAUGAGCCCCUGGGAUUUAGCUUGGGGCCGGGGGGGAGGUUAGUUCGUGUCUACAACGAAUCGAGGCGGAGACACUAGUAGUCAAUACGAUGAGCAUAUGGACUAUAUAAGCGACAGUCAAGAUGAGGGCGUACACGAUACACACAUCUGGUCAUCCAUUUUCAGAACAAAG